AUGGAGAUUGACACCCUCGAAAAACUGCUCAUCAGUCAUACUACAAGAGAUCAUAAUUUACUCUUUCCUCAUGGGAGAGUUCCAGAUGACAGUAUAAUGGGGGGUAAAGCCAAACAAGACCCAUCAGAUAAACUAGAGACUUCUAAUCUUGGAAGUACCCAAACUAAUGGACCUUCUAUUCCCGGUGAAGAUAAAACCUUUGAGCCACUUGAUAGCACAAGAGUGACUUACAGUGAUACUGUCACACAAACCACAUUCAGCAAGACUUACGAUGGGCUCAGCGAUCAGUCGGUGACUUGUCAGAAGUCUGUGUACAGCACCCUGGAAAGCAAAGUUGAUAUUUUUCAUGCAGCAGUGCAAACAAAAACCAGUGCUUUACAGGGCCUCAUCCAGCAGAGCAGCCCCAUGAGCAAAGAAUGUCAGCCUUCAUUGGAGAGUAAGGAUGAUACAGAGUAUGUGAUGAUUAAUCUGGAACCAGUUACGUUCACUUUUGAAAAAAACACCUAUGUACCAAUACAGACAGAAGUUGCAAAUAGAAGCGAUGAACCUACAACCUUUAAUACGGAGUUGAUUAAGCAAGUGUCACCUGCUCCGAGUCUUAGACAUCCUGUGUCAUUUGAAAAGGCACAAACACAAGGCCUUAGGGAUGUUCCCUCUCCAGCAAUGUCCAAACAAAAAGGCACUAAGUACCUUUGUGCCUCCUCAGUAAGUAGAGAGACACUUGCAAAAGAAAUGUGUUCAUGUUCACUACAGAAAGAGAUUCCUGCUCCAGGCUUAUCACCACCAUCUGAUAAUUCGAGGGUAGCCGAGGCGUUGUCAUUAGUUAAAAGUUCUAAUCAUUCGUCACCCAGGGAAGAAAUGAAACUCUCUCAAGAAUUUUUCCUGCAGACUCAGAGUCUCUUUGGCAUAUCUUCGGAAGAAAUUGUAGAGCCGUCCCAGGUUGAAGAAGUGGUCUCGGCAUCUGCCUCCGCCACUUUGGGAAGAACUACCUCUCGUAACUGCAUUCCGCCAACGGGUGAUACGACAGGUAGCUCCUCGGAACCAGUGAGUGACAGGAGUGCUCUAAAGAGUGAAAAUAGGAAUUUUGAACCCUUUGAUUCAGCUUUUACCAAGCAAACGAACCUCUCUGUGAGUAGAGAGGAGGCCAGCCUGGAGUUCUCCGAGGAUGAUUCUGACAUUGACCUCACUCUCACAAUAUCGCCACCCACCAGCCCCAGAGAAGAGAUGCCCGCGGGGGGACUAGAGCUGAGGCAGGAGGCCCCCAUGUCGAAUCUGGAACUUCAGGACACGACUGAAGAGGUAAUCGGGCCAGAAGAGGUGACUCUCCUAGAAAACCCAGAAGUGGAUUCUGCUGAUUUUACAUCCGUGUUCCCUACAGUGCCAGAGAAAUCGUUAGAAAGUAAGGAGAGAAAAGGUGAUAAUUUACAAACAGUUACCCUAAUACUUUCUAAAGAAACUUGCGCCCUUGAGAUUGCAGAGGAAGUGAACGUUACCUCAGACUUUCCCUUUGCCUCUUUAAUUGAAGAAGUGUCACCAGCUUCCAGUCCUGACCCCCAGGACCCAGUUGAAGCAGCACAGCCAUCUCAGGCCUUGUCUCUGUGUAGUUUACAACUGGCCGAUACACAGCGGGAGAGAAAUGCCAGAUUCUCCCGGAUCGAGUCAGUAGAUUCGACCUUCACGGAGAAAGGAAAUUCUUUUGUUGGUCCUAUCCAUCCAGUGGGACAAGAUAGCCUAAUUGGAGUCCAGCAAAUGCAGCUUUCUGCUGAAAUGCCGCUAGUAGGAAGUAAGCAUCCAGAAAGAAAAGAUGGCCAUUUGACCCUUCCUGGUAAAGUAACUGAGGAAAUUGUCCCAGGGGGGCACUGUGAGGUUGAGGGUUUCUCUUUCUCAGAAAAGGUGCCAUGCUGUGAUACGAAGCUGGGACAGCCUGCCCCGGCUGCCAAACACGGAGAGGACAUCAAGCUUUCUCUAGAAAAGUUGGUGACAUCGGGAAAUCCACUGCAGCCAGUUAGCAUACAGAACAGGAAUUUAAGUCCUCUUGUCUUGGAGACCGGUGAGCCUCCAUUUAGUCCUAGAAAGAUGACUGAAAAUAAGUUUUUGGCAGACACAUUUGUUUCUACAACUGCUCCAAGUGGUAUAGUGAAUGUGUCACUAAAACAGCAGACCAGCCCUAAAAGUAUUAAAAAUCUCUUUAGCAGUGAUGUGAAGACAGAUGGAGGCGUUUACGCGCAAGCUCAGUCCUUGAGCUCUGGCUCAGUUGGCAGAGCUGAUACAUGGACACACACACACUCAGAGAUCCCCAAACUUGCUUUUCCCUCAGAUGGUGCUGCCUUACCCCACUGUCCCAGACCCACAAACACAGAAACCGGGUUCCAGACACAGGAAAUCUCAGUAGUCAGAAUGGCCAGUUUGCUGAAGAAUGGUGAUGCUGAGGCCAAAUUCCAUGAAGAAAUCACAGAUCUAGGAGGUGUUGACUCCCAGUCAAGCACCACAUCUCCAAAAGGCAAACAAAAAAUAAUUCAUGUGCUGCAAGAUAGGGCAGUGUGUGAAACAAAAGAUUUGCUGAACGCUGGGCUUUUCCCCAUGUGUGUGCCUGGGGAUUCAUACCAUAAAACAGCCAUCACCGGUGAAAAUACCAGUAGAGAGCCCUGUGCUUCCGUCGUUCCCCAGUCUUGUGCCCCUCUUGUUUGUGGAGUCUCUGAAGAGCAGACAGCAAAUAAGGGCUCUGGUGAGGGGCUCAGAGCCGAGGAGGACUCGGGGACCGUGGGUGGAGACAUGGAUGUCAGUGUGAAUUCUGACAUCCAUUAUGAGCCGCUUUCUGGAGAGUCUGAUCAAGACUCUUGCGGGGACUGUAGAAAUCCCAAAUCAGAGGUAGAGGGUUCCUGCACUUUGAGGUAUAGUCAAACCAAGAAAGAAGAAGAUGCUUCAAAAGAUGAUUAUGACUCUUUCCUGAGCCUAAAUAACAGUGAUAAUGAAGAGUGGGGCUACUCUGCCCAUGCCCCAGGGCUGGAGACGGGCAUUGCUCCCAGACACUGGCUCGUUGGAUUCAAGAAAGAAGACAGGUGUGUGCCAUCUUAUAUCCAGAUCCGAGACCUCCGUGGCAUCCCCAGGACUUACGCUAAUUUCACCAUAACUAAAGAGCUCACAGAUACCACAAGAACUUUGCACAGCCUGAAGAGGCACCCCAAUUUCACUGCAAAAUGUGGCUUGCUCAGUUCCUGGACAAAUACCUGGCAGGUGGCAGAUGACCUCACCCAGAACACUUUAGAUCUGGAGUAUCUGCGUUUUGCACAUAAGCUAAAACAAAUUGUAAAGAAGGGCGAUUCUCGGCCUUCUGCCUCCUCCACCAAUGUCUUUCCAAAGGAGCCUCCUCUAAUUGGUGCUGGAGCCUUCCCUCUGACAAAAGUGUCCGAGUCCCCGGCUCUGCACCUUGCAUCCCGCAGCAGAAGCCCCCUUGUGGUAACAGUGGUGCACUCAGGCUCCUGGCAGCAGGGCCCACGCAGGACAGGCCACACGCUUGGCAGUUUGGACAGUUCUUCCUUUUGGAAGGAGAGCUGUGGUCACAGUAGAAAUCAUCUUGAAAAUUCUGGAAGAAAUCAGACUGUUUCAUUCCACCUCAACAAACUGAAAUACAACACUACUUUAAAAGAAUCCCGGAACGAUAUUUCACUUAUUCUCAAUGAAUACGCUGAAUUCAACAAGGUGAUGAAGAAUAGCAGCCCGGUCGUUUUCCCAGAGAAAGAGUCCACCAUGGCUUCUGGAGAAGCUGCCUCUCGAGAGCUGUAUUCCUCUUUCCCACGGGCAGCCUCCUAUGAAGACAUGAUCACAGACCUGUGCACCAGUUUGCACGUCAAACUGAAGAGUGUGGUCCAAGAGGCCUGUAAGAGCCCCUUCCUGUUCUACGUCCUGGAGACCGAAGACCAGUCAUUCUUUGUGAGAACAAAGGUACAGUGCCAGCUUCCCCUUCGAGCUUGCAUGGUUCCAGUAGCCGUCUGACUUUGUCUUAGAGCUCGUACAUUUAGCGUUCAUGGCUUCAGAGAGAAAUCAUGACAGGAAGUGGCCUUUGAGUCUGACAGCUCCGUCUGUCUGCAUAUAAGUGUUCAGCUGCGGAAAUCCCAGACCCAUCAUGGGUCCCGCGUCAUGUGUCACCUCUGCUUGUCAUGUCUAUUUCCAUCAGUCUGGAGUAGUUCCUCUGUCGUGUGUUAUCUUUGGUGACCUUGACAGUAUUGAAGGAUGUACGCCAGUUAUGUGAGAGUUUCCUUCAGUUUAUGUGCAUCUCCUGUUUCCUCAUGAUUUAUGCAUUUUAGAUGAAAAUACCCACAUGCGAUGUUCUCCUCUUAAUGCACCAUGUCAGCUUGUCCCACUCCUGUGUAUUAAUUUCUUUCCCGUGAAGAUGGUUUCUGCCAGGUUCCUCCACCUCCAAUGUAAAGUUAAUAAAUGUGCUGUAAUUAUUAAUGAGUGGGGAGGGAGAAUAGGCUAUAUAAAAAUAUCCUAUUCUGCAUCAGACUUUCACCCACCCGGGUGAAUAUCCAUUGACGGUUGCCUGAAGCA